GCGAAAAGACCACACACAAGUGAAGGAAAGCGUCAUCAGCAACGGUCAUACAUCGAAUGAAGGGAGAAAAAUCUAUGCAAAAAUGGUGCAGGAACAAAACUAUGCAACAUGAACAAGAUUCUACUUUGAACAUAACUUAAAGGAAUUGCAAUUUUUGAAUUUCAUUUCUACUACAACAUCUUAAAUCACUGUGAUUUAAGAUAUUUACAAUGUCUAAGAUACCUAAGGCCAAUCCCCGAGGGGGGAGGCAAAUGUACGUUCCUGGUGCCUCACCUGAGGCCCAGAACGCUAACCUCCGCACGGUUGUAGAUGAGCUGCGAGCUCACACAAGUCAGCUCAAGAAAGAUCUUGAGGCAGAACGUAGUAAUAUCAAAGACCUACGCCGUGAGAAACAAACAGAGGUAAAAAGCACCCGCGAUCAGGAGCAACAGAAGGCCUCCUUGUCGCUCAGCGAGCUGCGAGCAAAACUCAAUCAUGAGAAACAGAGAGAGCUCGCUACUCUACGGGAGUCGCUCACUAAACAACAUGAUCAAGCAAUUAACCGACUACUCAAACAGAAACAGGAGUUACUCGCUCGCACUCAGAGUGACUCCCAGCGUGAUAGGGAGAUGCACUACCUCAAGGUCAAGCAACAGGUCUGGGUUGAAGCCAAGGAAGAGGUCAAGAGGACAUUUGAGAUGGACAAAGGAAAACUCCUCGCAGAGAUUGAUGAGCUGAGAAGAGGCAAGAAAAAACUUGAGGAAGAGUUGAAUGACGCAGUAACAGGAGAUCGGCAGAGGGCGAUUGAUCUAAGGAAGCAGUGGGGAGAACAUCAGCGUGAGAUGGAGCAACUUCAGAAAGAUGCAAGGAGGGAUAUCCAAAGACUUAUGGAAGAACUCAAAUCCAAAGAUUACAGCAUAUCCGAGUUAGAGAAAGAGCUUGGAUACAAGAGCGGGUACACCAAGAGACUUCAAGGAGAGAAAGAUUCCUUAGGCAAUCUCCUCAAUCUUAGCAAGAUGGCCGAGUCUUGGGAUCAUCGAUCUUCAAGUACACACGAGUCAUCAUUUGGCAGCUCUAGUGGCUUGCAGUUUGGGAUGGCAGACGGUGCUGAUGAAGAUGAGAAGAAGUUCAAUAAGAAGAUUUCAGAUCUGAAAGGAAUGUUACGCAAACUGGAGGAGAGGAAUAAGCAACUUGUUGAAGACAAAGCAGAUUUGGAACGGAAAAUCCGCAACUCAACUGAAGCAAGGAACACCACACCACUCAUUGAGAAAAACAAGCGUCUCUUGAGGAAGAUUAAAGAUCUGGAACAAUUGAAGAAGAAGUUAGAUGAGAGGAACAAGGCCCUAUCAGAAGAAAAUCAGAAACUGCGUUCAUUGAAAGAGAACAUGCGCUGUCGUCUGGAGAGAGAGAAUCAGAGUCUACGUAGAGUAUUAAGCAAAGAACGGCAACAAACACAGCAAGAGGCAAGCAACUCCUCAAGAACUGGUGAUGACCCCGUUGCAGACAAGGAAGAAGAACUCAAGAAACUCCGAGUAGAGGUUCAGGAACAAUUCCUAGAGAUUGUGGAGCUCAAACAAGCAGCAUUGGAACAAGACCGCUUGCCCAAGGUUCAGGACCAGAGCCCGACCUUACUGAAUGUGCCCAACUUCAGGCCAAGAUCAUCCAGUCUUACUCCUUAUGGUUAUGAUGAUGAUGUUGGUGUGAGGAGUCGUUCUGGAUCAUUUGGUACUCCGAUUCCGUCUCCAUUGGCUCUGUCAGAUUAUGAAGACAGUUUGGAUGAGGUUAGUGUUGAUGAAAUGAUGGAUGGACUAGCAACUAAGCAGUUAGUUGAUGCCAAACAAGUGGAGAAGUUAUUGCAACAGAAUAAGGAACUUGAUGAUCGAUGCACCAAGCUACAGUGGCAGUUACAAGACAGCAAAGAUCAGAGUGAACUUUUAGAAUUUCGCAUUCUGGAACUUGAAGAAGAAGAGGAGAAUUUUUCAUCAACACCAACGCCUCAGUCUACCGCUGAAAACAACCAGAGAGUACUUUCAUUGGAAGGUCUGGUCCUGGAAAAAGAUUCAUUGAUACAAUAUUUACAGCAAGAGGUGGAUUCCCAGAGGGAGUGUGUCCAGCAGAUGGAAGACACACAUGAACAGCGAGUUGCUGAUCUGGAGCGGACGGAGGCACAUCUUAAUACCCGCAUCCAUGAGCUAGAGGAUCAAUUAGCUCAUCUUCAAGAAGAUAUCCAUCUUGGACUAGCUGAGAGGAACAGAGAGAGGGUUGAGUUAGAAGCAGAGAUUUCAUCUCUUCAGGAGACUACAGAGGGAUUGCAGAGUGAUCAAGCUCAAGUCGCUGAUAGAUUGAAGUCAGCUGAGGAGUGCAGACAGUCUUGGCUGGAAGAAGAGGAGAAACUCCAGAAGAAAUUAAAGAAGAAAGAGCUGACAGAAACUAGCUACAAAAAGCAGAUUGAAAAACUGAAGUCUGAGUUAUUGGCAUCGCAGGAAAUGACAUCUCUGGAGGGGUUAGUUGCACCACACGCAAGCAACAACACAAAUGGUAAUAAUAACAGUGGUAACAUGGAGGAAUCACAAGAUAUUAGUUUGCUGCAGCAGAAGAUCAAAGAACUUGAACUUGUUAAAGAGUCGCUUGAGGCAAAGCUGAAAGAUGUUGAAGAGCUGGUUCUCAACAGCGACUUUGCGAGUGAGGAAACUCUUAGAGAGAAGAUUGCAGAGUUGGAGCAGUCCAACAAACUGCUGAACAGACAAUUAAAACAAGCGCAGGCGUCUGAUGUGGACAAGAAGGAUAAUGUAGAGCGGGCAGCAGCUGAAGCCAGACACACAGAGAAGGAGUUUCAGGGCAGGAUCAAGGAACUGCAACAGUCGGAGCAAAAUCUGCUGGACAGAGUUGCUCAGCUGGAGACGCAGGAUAACGCUUGGAAGUCACAGGUGGACUCCCUUCAAGAUAGGAUUCAAGACUUGGAAGGAUUGCGAUUAGAAUUAAAGGGAAAGUUGGAGCAGGCAGAGGAACACAUAGAGGAGCUUCAGGUGGCUGAGAAGUUUGCUCGGGAUGAAUUAAGUGCCUCCCAUGGAGCUUCCUCGAUUCUUGGGGAAAGUUUGGGACUGAUGGGAGAGUUUGGAGAGCUAGGAGCUUUGCCAGAAGAAGAGUAUAGCGCUUAUGAAGAAGAUGAUGUGGAAGACACUGCUCCUCAACCAGGAGGAGAGAGUGCAUCCCAAGACCCUGGAUUACAGGAUAAUAGUCAUGGAGUUAAGGAGGCAGAAUCAGACAUGCACAGUAAAAUUGCAGAAUUAGAAAAGUCUGAAGUUGAACUUAUGGAGAAGGUACAGUCUUUAGAACAGGUGAACCUGGAACUUACUGACCUGUGUCAGGAUUUACAAACCCAGGCGACCGAAUUCGCAGACGAAAAUGAAACCCUGAAGGAAAAGCUGCUGAAUCUUGAAGAAUUACAACUGCAGGUUGCUGAAACAUCAAUGGAUCUUGACGAGAGGGAGGAGAACGAGCUGCUCAAAAUAAAAGUCGAAGAGUUACAGUCGGAAAUUGAGCUUUUGAAGCAGAGAAUUGAUGAUGGAUAUAGAGACAGGAAUGAAUCUGAUGCUCUACAAAAAGAGCAAGAAUUAAGUGAAGAACUGGAGGUAGUAAAAGAGGAAAACUUGGAACUGUUAGACAGGCUUGAAAGUGAACACACAAAAUUGCAGGAAAUGAAAAGAGAAUGUGAAAUUUUGAAAACACAACAUCAAGAUGUUGACAAUAGUCACAUCAAUAAUACAAUAGGUAGUGAUUUAUCUCCCAAAGAGCUUCAGCAAGAUCUUGAAAGAUGUAGAUCUGAAAAAGCACAAUUGGAGGAACAUUUUCAGACUGAAAUCAAGGAACUGAAGAGUCUUUUGGAUGAACUUAAAGCAACUAAGGAAGCUCUUGAGCAGCAGCUGAAAUCAUCGGAAGAUGAGAUGGUGCAUUUGGAAGAAGUUUCUGCAGAGCUUCAUACAGGCCUGGAAUGUAGAAUCAAAGAACUUGAAGAAGAAAAAGAAGAACUGCAGAGCCAUCUUGAAGCUCUAGAGGAAAAUUCUCAUUCUCCGGGAAGGGAAGUCAGAUCAGAGGAGCAGAAAGAGCUUGAGGAAGAAAACCAGAUACUUCUGUCGAGGGUUACAGAUUCUGAAGAGCAAUGCCAGAAGCUCAAAGAACAGGUUGAGGUGUUGGAGAAAAGGCUUCACGAUGGACGUUCAAAUCUUACUCUUGCUAGAAAAGACUCCAUGAGGAAGUCUUUAGAGUGUGACGAUUCCGCCAGAGAGCUUGCUGAUCUUAAAAAAAGACUCAAAGAACUUGAGGAUGUUGAAUCUGAUUUCUUUGACCAAGCAGAGAUUCUUUCGAAAAUGGAAAAAGAGCAAGAGGAUUUGAAAAAACGUCUCCAAGGUUUACACAAAACUGAAGAGGAGAUAAUUGAGCAAAGUGCUCUUUUAGAACUGAAGAAUGAAGAGCUUGAAGAAAUUGAAGAACUUAAUAAAGAGUUAAAAAUAGAUUUGGAGGAAUCUGAGCAGAAAAUAGCUGAGCAAAGUAACUUACUCCUGGAAAUAAAUAAAGAGGUAGAGGAAUUAAGAGAUAACACAAAACUGUUGGAAGCUGCAAAGGAAGACCUUCAAGAAAAAUUGAAUGUGGCGGUCAAACUCCUUGAGGAAUCAAAAGGAGAGCUGCUCAACAUAAAAAAGGAGUUAAGUAUAGCUACUGAUGAAAUCUGUCAACAAAAAGAGCAGCUGGAGAAGAAAGAAGUAAGAUAUAGAGAAAUGGAAGACAUCUUGAAUCAAAUGGAGAAAGGAGAAGCUGAGAAACUCAAAGUGGCAGACAACAUGGAACAAGAAACUUCAGUUGGUCUUUUGGAGCAAAGAAUUGAAGCGCUGACUCAGCAGGAAAGGGAGUACGUUUUAAAAAUAGAGGGACUUGAGGAAAGACAAGUUGCCUAUGAGGGGACAAUUGCUCAAGCUGAUAUCAUCGUGUCAGAAGUACAACAGAAACUGAGUGAACAAAAUGAGCUGCUGGCGGCUAUAGAGCUAGAACUACAGGAAACCAUUGAUCAAUUAGAAUCUCAAAAACAAAUUGUCAGAGAACUUUCUGACCAGUUGCAGCAGCAGCUGGAAGAUACAUCUCAUGAAUUGGAUAAAAAGAAUAAACUUCUUGAAAUCGGGGAGAAAGAACUGAAGGAUCUUAAAGACUCCUUGAAGGAGUGUGUGGUAGAGUGUCAAGUUAAAGAAGAAACACUGCACAAGUUGAGAGAAACUGAGGUUAAUCUAACUUUGAAAGUCGAGUCUUUGGAGCUGUCAAAACGGGUGGAAACUGAAGACACAGUUACGCCAGUGAUCAAAGCCAAGGUUAUGGCAUCACAAGAAUCAACAGUUGAAGCAACAAGUUCUGCAGAUGGUGUUGACUUUUUAGGAAAAAAGAUCCCUGAUCAAGACCUUCAAGAGAGAAUCAAAGAGUUGGAGGACAGACAGAGUGUGUUUGAGGAGACACUUGCACAAGCAGAAAUUGUACUGGAAGAAACCAAUCAAAAAUUGUGUGAGAAAUCUGAGGUGUGUGAUAUGCAAGAAAGGGAGAUGGUGGGUUUGAGAGACUCAGUGGUUGUACUUCAGGAGGAUAAUGUGAAAUUGCAAAGUCAUCUUGAGGCUGCUGAUGAUGAGCUGGAAAAGAAGGACCAUUCCCUGAAGGAGUCUUGUAGUGAAGUGGACAAUCUCAAGGAACAAUUGCAAACACUGAAUGAGAAAAUGACAUCUUCUGAAAUGACAUGCAAUCAGCCUGAAGAAAUGAAAAACUUUGAAUCUGACAACAAGAAAGCUGGUUUUGAAGAAGACUUCUUUCGGGAGAAAUCUGUUGAAUCUCUGACGAAAAAGGUUUCAGAAUUGACUGUCGAAAGGGAUGAGUUGGAAUGGAAAGUCAAAGCUCUUGAAGAAAGGCAAGAAGCCUUCCAGGAAACUUUGGCUCAUGCUGAUGUCAUCAUGACUGAGAGGGAGUCAGGGUUUUUAGAGAGGAUUGACGAGCUUGAGAGCUCACAAUCCAACCUCCAGGAAAGACUUCAGGCGGUCAAUGCAUCCAAGAGUUUGGUUCGUACAUCUCAGAGCUCAGAUGAGGAUGACGAUAUUCAGGAGUUUUCAGUAUUCACACCUAAUGCUAAAUUGGGUGACUUGGAAAACUUUGAGAAAAGGGCAGGUGAGGAAAAGAGUGACUUGGAGAAAAGGAUUCAAGAGUUGCAAUUGGAGGUAGAAGAGCUUAGAGUCUCAGAAAAGGGGCUUCUGAAAAUGAUAGAGGAGUACAAGAUACUGGAGAAUUCUCUCAGAGUGUCUAACGAUGAGAUGAAGGAAGAGUUAAACCUUAAAAAAGAUGAGAUCAAGCAGUUGGAAAUUUCUCUUGAAGAUGGCGGUCCCGACAACAACCUUCAGGCACAGCUGGAGGAGUUAAAGUCGGGUGUGCUGACACAUGACGACACUAACUUGAAACUCAUGGAAGAGAUUAACACUCUAAAGGAUACAAUAACUGACCUGCAGGAUCAGCUCCUUAGGUCACCAAAUCAACAGAUAUCAUUUGAUGGGUUUGUCACACCAAAGGCAGCCGAUGUAAAGACUGAAUUGACAAAGCCAAAGAUCAUCAUCUCAGAAGAUAACAGUGAUAUCGAAAGGGAAAUUCUGUUUGAUCAAGACUCCCUACAGGAACAAGUAACACUGCUGGAGAGAAAACUUUGUGAUGUGAACAGCCAAUUGGAAAAGGUUACAGCUGCCAGAGACUCCUUACAGUUAGACUUACAAGAGAAGGAAGUCACUGUCGAGAAACUUGAGAAGGCAAAUAAGUAUCUACAAGAUGAUAUCGACAUCUGCUCAACACAGAUGGAAGAGCUAGAACAACAACUGAGUCAGAGUUCAAAAGAAGACAGUAGGGUCACCAAUUCCUCUCCAGAAUCAGAGAGUCAGUCUCAACCACAGAGCAUCAAGGAGCUUAAAGAGACAGUUUCUGAUCUUAGAAAGAAGCUUUCUGCCAGUGAGCAGGAGAAAGUAGAGCUACAAGAACAAAAUGUCAACUUAGGCAAAGGAAGAAAAGAUCUGGACAACUCUGCCCAUAAACUAAAAAUGCAGGAACUGGAACGCUCUGUUGCCACACUUCAAAAGGAACUAGACAGCGCCAACUCUGACAGGGUGAAGACAACUAAUCGUCUAACUGAGAUCGUUCAGUUCAAUCGAGAGAUCAAGAAGGAUAUGAGAGACCAAGAGGAAUCAGGAAAGAUUCUUGAAGAGGAGAAUCACCUCAUGAAGCGGGAGAAGGAAAUACUGAAUGAAAAACUGCUGACAUUUGGUGUCUGUGGGGAAGACUUGCUGAAGGAAAGGAUGAAACAUGAAGGUGGCAGAGUGGCUGUAGCAGAAAAGGAAACCACUGCAAAAAAAAAAGUGGUUGGUUACCAGUCAGCUGUAUGUAUUGAUAAGGCCAGCCAGACUGGUCCUCUGACGUACCUUCCAAGUGAAUUCCUCCUGACAACUGUCUUGAUAGAGGAAGGAUUCGAGAUGACGCUCAAGGAAUUCUUAGAGGCUCUGCCAGUUGCUCAAAGUCCCACCGAUCCCAUCUUAUUGAAAGAAGGGAAAAACUACUUUGUGGAGUUCAACAAGCUCUAUGCUGGCAAAGACCCAACGCCAAGGAGAGCACUUCUUCGUCGCCUGGUGAGGAAUAUUCCAAGGGAUAAAGUAACAGGGAUUCCAAGGAAGGAUGCUGCAAGCUAUCCUCCAAUACCUGGCGAAGAAAGUCUUCAACAAGAGAUGAGAGGGAGCUCGGAGAGCACAGCGAGACCUCUAGAUGGAGCUAGUUCUGCAACAAAGACACAGAUGAUGGACCAGUUUGUCGCUGCCCUUUGGGAGCUUCCUUUCGAACAUCUAGAGAUAAACCUGGAUACAGCAUCCUACUGGUGUCCAGAUGACUAUGACGAUGAUUCCUUGGCUACAGUGUCUGAGUGUGAGCAUGAGGAGGUUCAUCUAGAAGAGUCGGCGAGGAAUGGCUCAGUUUAUGCAGACGCUCCACCCUUACCCCAAGCAACACCUCCAGCACCCCGUAAGCGCUCAGGUUCAAUCAGUUCUGAUAGCCUCGCUGGGGAUUUUAAUUCACUACAAUUAGGUUACCGGAGGGUGAUCAGGGAUGACUCACUUGAACUUGAAACUGAAGAUGAGGAUGAUGGAGGUACUUUAACUCCUACGUUAUCAACAUCCUCAUUCUCCUGGAGGUCGGAAACAAACCUCAGCAGCCCUGGCGAGGUCCACUCUGGACUGCUUGAAUCUUCCAAGCAAGGCAGACCAGAUACCUAUUCAAGAAGCUCAGAAAGCCCUUCAACUCGACUACCAAUGUCAUUACAAAAAAGUACUCCAUCCCGAACAGAUACCUACGGAGAUGAGAUGCCUCUGUCCCUACCCAGAACAGCUCCUCCAAAUAGAACAGCGAGAAACAUGGACAUUCCAGAUUCUCAGUUUGAAAGAAGUACUCCUCAUGAUUAUAGUGACAAACCCGAUGCACAUCUAAAUAGCCACCUUAACCGCUCAUCUUCUUACCAACCACAGACAAUUUCUCAUAGCAGACCAGACUUAAAUCUCAGAAGUCGAAGUGAGUUGCCAUCAUCAACACCUUGGACAACUGAUCAAGGUAGCCCUGAUGCUUUCUUAAGAAACUCUGAUGGACCGUCAACAUUUACAAGCAUGUCACCAUCAGAAAGAACAAACAGAAGUUUAGAAUCUCCUCCACCACCAUUACCAGAAGUAUCACCUCCAAACAGGGCAUAUAGAAGAAUUGAAUCACCACCUACAUUACCUGGAGCCAGUCCUUCAAAGAGAGUAAACGGAAGUCAUGAGUCAUCGAAUACAUUACCAGGAACUAGUCCCCAAAACCGAACACCUGGAAGUCUUGAAUCAUCACCUACAUUACCUGGAGCCAGUCCACCAAAGAGUGUACAUGGAAAACUUGAAUCAUCACCUUUAUUGCCAGGAACAAGUCCCCAAAACAGAACACAUGGAAGACUUCAAUCAUCACCUACUUUACUAGGAACAAGUCCCCAAAAUAGAACACAGGGAAGUCUUGAACCAUUUAAUGCACCCCCAGGAACAAGUCAACCAAACAGAGUAGGUUCAGAAUCACCUCCUACAUUACCAGAUACAAGUCCUCCUAGGAAACGUGAGACCUAUCCAGGAAGCCCAGAUGGCUUGCCACCACCUUUACCUGGUACCUCACCUCCAAAGGUACUAGCCACAUACCCAGGUAGUCCAGGUCACACACUAGGUGACCCUUAUAGUCAAAGUAAUGACCUGCAUGAAAUCAAUGACCUACCGCCUCCACUUCCGAAGACAAUUCCUCCAAAGAAGCCCAACACACCUGAAGAGUUUCCAAGUUCUACCAACCAACAGAAAUGUGAGUCUGCUGCUUUUGGGGAACGAUUUGAGAAUCACAACAUUAUUCCUUAUCAGAAUGGACAGAUUGUUAGUGCUGUAACAGUAGACUUGGCUAGUGAUUCCUCUUCAACAGACACAAUCAACGAUCAGGAGAAUGUAGCUGGUAUUCCAAGUGGCAGCAUGGGUAAAGAAUCCAAUCCAUCCUGGGAUGGGAGAGAUCUCUCAUCCAAAUCCAGCAUUGUACGCCUACCGUCGUCCUUCGACAGUGGUAUGGACACAGUUUCCUCCAUAACAGAGCAAGAGGUAGAGGCCAUCACAGCAGCGUCAGUCUUUGCUGGACCAGAUCAUGCCAUGAGGCUUCCCAAGACUCCUGGGUUGCAAGAUGUUGCCGGGAGUGUCUUAGCCAAGCCAGCUACUCCGAUGUGGUUGAAACAGAUGAUGGAUUGGCAAACAGCCGAGAAGGCAAAGGAGGAAACGGACAUCGGAAGAAUGAAAACCAGCAUUGAGACCAUGGAGAAACAACUUCAGGAGAAAGAGGAUGUUGUAAAAGAGCUUAAACAGAAUGAGGAUAACCUGAAGAAGAAACUACGUGACUAUGGUGACCUUCGACCUUUGACAAUACAGCUUCAAACUAAGGAAAUUGACAUUCAGGACAAAGAGCGUCAAGUGGCUCUACUGAAGUCAGAGGUCAAACAGAAGGAACGUGAGGUCAACGCCCUCCAGUCAAAGUUUGAGGGAGUAACAGUUGAUCAAAUUGACACUAACCAAACUGAUCUGAUAAAGAAGACUGCUGAGGUAGCAAAUCUUAAAGAAAAGCUUGAGGCUAGCCAGGAUAGAUUGAAGGAGAAGGAGGAGUUACUGAAAGCUAAGGAUGAGGAAGAGACAAGAAUCAAGGAGGAGAUGGAGACCAAGGAGAAACAGUUGGCAUCUAAGGAGGAAGAACUCCAGAAAACAUCUGAGAAAAUCAAGAAUCUUGAAACAAUGAGGGCGCACCAACAGACCCCAACGGACCACACAGACUCAGCAAAGUCACCUGACUCAAGAGCACCUGACUCCAGAUCUGGUGAUUGGAAGUCACAUGAUGCUGUGUCAGAUGAUACUAAACCAGAUAUCAGUCACCAUGCUUCUAGGUCAGGUGACCCUAGAUCACAUGACGUCAGUCAGCAGGAGUUGCACCUUGCCAGUGCAUUGAAUGUCCUUACCAGGGAGAAUGAAGAGCUGCGAGGUCGAAUACAAAGAUAUGCAACGAUAGAAGCAAGGUGGGAUGAGAUGCAUCAACAGUUGUCUGAUAGUCGCCAUAGCAACAGAGACAGAGAUGCCUUAGAAAGGAAACUCCAGAUGGCUGAAGAUAUGCUGAGGGAGAAGACAAGUGAGGAGCUACGUCUUGCAGAAGAUAACAGUGCCUUGGAGGAGCGUCUUAAACAUCUUGAGAAUGAGAGAAGAAAACGAGAUGGUAUUGAAGAGGAUUAUAGAAACAUCAAAGACCAGUUUGACAAUAUGGAACACAAGAAAAAUGAAGCUGAAAUAUCGGUUGCACCACUUCAGGCAAAAGUUUCCUACUUACUCCAAAAAUGCAAAGAGAGAGAAGCCAUCAUACAGAAGAUGGCUGCCGAGCUGGAGCAAUUCCGCCCAGACAGGACUGAGCAGCUUCUGUCAGAGGUCAGUGACCUGACCGCCAUUGUGAAUCUCCCAAGCGAGGAGUUCAAUGACCCCUUACCAGUAUCCAGUAGGAGUAGAACUACACGUGGUAGUAGAUCCAGACAUCCUCAGAAUGAUCGAGCUGACAUCAGCAAGCAACAAAGAAAGUUGGACAAAAUCAGCAAGAGCUUGAAUGACAUCCGCUUGGUUGAUGAGAGCGAUGAUGACGAACUUGGCCGCCUUGGAGCUGCACGAGGGCGCUCUACCCUGGAUCUCAUCAGCGGGAGUUUGGACGGUGAUUCGGAGUUGGACGUUGGGGGGAUAUCUCUAGGGGAACUCAUGAGGAGAACUGCUGGAAGUCGGUCUCGCUCACACCUGACUCCGACGAGAAGGGUGGACGAGGAUGGAGAAUUGGAUCUUCUUAGGUCAGUUCUGGAUGCCUCACCAUCCAAACUGAGAUCUACAUCAUCUAAACCUGGGAGAGACAAUCGUGCAUCAUCAAGGACAAACAGGAGGACCCCUUCAUUUGAAACUCCCCUGAGGCAUAAUAGUCUGUCCCACCACAUACCUGUGACUAGUAGAGAGGGUGGAUUAGCUGAUUUGUCUUACAGGGGAAGUCCAACUGUUUCUGAGCAGGAUUUAGCAGACCCUUUGAGGCCUCUCCCUAUGUCCACCCAUGCAGCGCUGGCAUCAAGCCAGCAGCAUACAGCAUCAGAGUUACCCCAUUUUACCAGUCAAAGUGGAGAUGUGAACACAUUUAUUGCUUCACCGGUAGAUGGAAUAUACCAGAUGUAUUCAAGUCCCACUCAGCUGCACUCUGAGCCAUCUGCAAGUCUUUCAAAUCCGCCUGUCCCAGCUGACAUGACUAGGACAACUAAUGACCCAUCGCAAUCCUUUGGAAGACCCUUAAAUAAUUAUCAUGGUGGGGUGACACCUGGUGGGCAGCUGAUGACCAACACAAACCGUUUUAAUGGGCAGUUUCAUGGUCAACCUGAAAAUGGUAGAAACUCUAGACAGAAUUCCUCUGCAAAUGGUGUACUCCCUGUGAAUGGUGCUACAAAUGUAACAAUGCAGGAAGGUCCCAAUGGAAGGGGUCCAUUUGGUCUCAUUGAGGGAUCACACUCCAAUAGAGACCCACAGAUCCCUGUGGGUGGGAUGGGAGAAGUCCUAAGUCCUUUUGUCAAUCAACAAAUAAGUCCUAGUAUUGUGAGUGGAUCAUCAGUAAGAGCACCCUCUGUGAUCAGUGCACCAGUUCCAUCUGAAAACAGCUUGGUGAGAGCAUCUUCAUCGCUCGGUGGUACUAAUGGCUUUCCAAACAAUAGUCAUGGUAUUGAUUCAAGAUCAAGAGGUACCAACAACUUGUUAGAAACAACACUUCCACCACAAGGGCAAGUGCCAUCCAGCCACGUUACAUCAAUGGGUCCUGCAAUGAGCAACUCAGCACAGAGAGUAGGUACUGCAGCCAUUCAUCAUGGAAUCACAACGCAUCAUGGGCAUCCAGUAAGCCUGGUGAAUAGCACUGGUGUACAAUCAGCUCCAGUCGCUCAGUCCGGAAACCAGACCACCUUGCAGACCAGUGUAAUGUCCAAUGCGUUACAUUCUGAGAAUGGUUCACAACCUCUUUCUAACACUACUUUGCCGUCAAACAUCAACAACAGGAGCUCUUUGGUGAACCCUGGAAUGAGCCCAUCAUCUGCUCAUCAGAAGUCAAAUGCCCAAGAGAUAUACAAAAGUAGGAAUACAAUACAGAUGCAGCCAGGGGUUGGUGCUUCGGGUUUGAAUCCGAGAGUCGCAAGUCACCCUAGGAGUGCCUCAGCAAAUACUCCCCAGGGAUACAUUGGUGCUUCUUUCUAUGAUGGAAAUAGUACAACAGUAACACAUCCAGGGUACCAAGCAGCAGGGAUUGCUUCAGCAACCUUCGCCUCUACCACUCCCCAGCAUGGCCUCGUCCAGUCACCACAAAACCAACCCCCACAAAACCAAUCUGGAGGCUUGCAAUCAUCAACCCAGCCUCACAUCCCAAACUCAAGCACGACUCUCCCCAAAACUCAGAAUAAAGGGUUCUUGAACCUAGCCUCGUCACCCACAAGUGGUGGUCAGUUAAUGUCUGCUUCAAGCAACAGGACCUCAAUGCCAGGAUCAAAUAACAUCUCUGCCUCUUGGUUGCCUAUCCAAAGCGCGUCCUCUCAACAGCCAUCUUCAUUGGUACCUACUGCAUUCUCUUCCCAUCGUGGCCCAGUUGGUUCCAAUGGGACGGCAUCUCCACAGCCACACAUUGCAACUGUUGGUCUUAGGAAUGGUAUUAGAGGAGUUGAUGAACCAGAUCGGAGUAGAAUGAUACCUCACAACCAGAAGGCAAAGACGAACAGUCAUCACCAGCUGUCUUCCCAUGGAGGGUUGAGACAACCUCAUCUUACUGGUAUGCCACAGCCACCUCGUAGCCUCAUUGUGUCAAAGGUUAUAGGUCGCCAUGGAGCUGUCUUGACCUGGCAUCCACCUAACCUUGAUGACCUAGGUCGUAGCAAUGGAUUGGAGAUUGUGGGUUACAAGAUCUUUGUCAACAGACAGCAGAAACAGCUAGUCACAAAUGCUCAUCUUACAAAGGCUUUGGUGGAUGGCAUCAAUCUCUGCACUGUCCAAACAUUUGGGAUCCAGACUGUUUCAUCUACCGGUCAGUCAUCGGCCAUUGUAGAGACAGAGUUUGACGAUCCAGGCAUGUUAUCAUCAUCAUGGUCGGACUCUGCUAUGACUGAAUCAUCAGUGGGACAUGGUACUGUCACAUCUCAGGGGUCGUCUGUUGUGAGUGAGGACUUACAGGAAAGACUGUUCAUGGCGGUGUAUAACUACAACCCAGUAGAGCAUUCCCCAAACCACUACCCUACCUAUGAGGUGGCCUUCAAUGAAGGUGAUAUAGUGACUGUCUUUGGCUCCAUAAGAUCUGAUGGUUUCUACCAAGGAAAGGUGCGAGGCAGGCGUGGAUUAGUGCCAUCCAACUUCAUUGAAGAAAUAUCCAUGUCAGGCUCUCAUGGCAGGAAGAAACAUAGCAAUUCAAAAACUCAAAAGAAUGGAAGUGGUGACUCACACCGUCACAGAGAGAGUGACAGACGGGGGAGCAAAGAGGCUGCAAGGACUUCAACAAAGACUUCUGGUAGGACUAGAGAGGAUCAGAAAAGACACGGUUCAGCAUCAAGGGUUUAAAACACUUUUUUAAAAAUUUCCAUCUGGACUUGUUUGUAUGUGCAGCCAUUUUGUAUGCCAAUCACAGAAGGUUUUGUAAAACAGGUACUCCAAGUUUUAAAGGCACUGGACACUAUUGGCAAUUACUCCAAAUAAUUGUUAGCAUAAAAACUUACUUGGUAACG